AUGUCGAAUUCGACAGUAAAUAGAUACGCUAGCAGCGAAAAAAUUGCCAUGUGCGCCAUUUACAACGUUUUGUUUGUUUUAAUCAUCUUCAGUUGUGCCACGGUUAUCGUCACUAUUGUCACUCAACCGAUUCUUCGUAAAGCUUUCAACUAUUACGUCCUUUCUCUUUGUUUCUCAGAUAUCUUGGCUUCUUCGGUGAUAGUCCCCAUAAAUACUUUGAUCUUGUUAGAAAAACUGUCCAAGACACACUUAUGCUUGAUUUCUCAAUUAAGCUUUCUUUUGGAAGUGGCACUGUUUAACAGCAUCUAUUCCGUUGUAGCCAUUGCCAUGGAUAGACACAGAGCCAUCGUUCGUCCUCUCAAUCUUCGGCAGGGACGUCCUUUCUUAUGUGUUUUUUUCAUUUGGUGUUCCGGUCUACUUUAUGUCCUCCCCAGAUUCGUGGUCGUUCGUAAGAUGAGCUCAUGUAAAUUGAAUGAUAGAGAAGAAUUGGUUUUCAACGUGAUGGAUUUGAUAGUGGCUUAUAUUGUUCCUGUGAUGAUUGUCACCGAUCUAUACCGUCGCGCUAUAAAAGUUUUGAAGGAGUCCCAAGAUACUACACCGAAUAUGAUUGCGCAUCGGAGAAAACGUCGAGCUAUAAGAAUGAUUGUUGUGAUAUCUUCGAUUUUUGCUGUUUGCUGGUUGCCAUAUCAUCUGCUGGGUCUUUUCAAUAGAGAUAUUUUCAGCAACACCGCCGCAGUCAGGAAGUUUCGACGUGUUUUACGUUACGUCAGCACAACUCUAAUUCUUCUCAGUGGAUGGAUAAAUGUCAUUAUUUACGGUUACUUCAACGAAUGCUUUCGAAAAACCUUCCAUUUAUUAUUAAGAAAAGUCUUUAAUUGUUCACUUCGCUCGAAGAAAAACGUAACAGCCGCAUUUGUAAGUCAGCAAAAUACAUCUUCCAAUGAAUAAUAAAUCUUAGAUUAUCAUCGAUUAUCGUAGGUAAAGCUUUCAGAUUAUAUACUGUAUUUUAAAAUUUAUUACCACGUUUGAUCUAGAUAAAUACAACAGUAGAGUAAUUAAAAUAAAAAAAAUUGUAUUGGAUAUUACAUUAUCCAUGUCAGGUAACAUACUUAAACUUGAAAAAAUCUCCAGGUAAAUAAAUUAAUGUAAUAAAUGGUUAAUGAGUAAUCCAACGAGAAUAAUAAAUAAGUUUCAGUAAUAAAAUUAAUUAGUUCAGACCCUAAGGUUAAUUCGAUAGAAAG